AUGGGUCACAUAACACAUCUUCCAGUCGAGCUUCUUCUUCUUCUCUUUACUUACCUUGACCUAUCCUCAAUAAACAACUUACGCAUAACAUGUCACCUUUUAUACGUUCAGACUCCUAAUAGGAUUCGUUAUCACACCUUAAUACUUCCGAGGUCACUUCAACUCUCUAGCACUCUUACGCAAUUCGCACUCUGGCGCAAGAAUAACGCAUUACCGUACAUCAAAAAUUUAGUAAUAACAGGAGAAGGUACAAUAACGCCAGCUUUAGCAGUCAACUUCCUCACCGCCUGUCCGAACCUAGAGAGGUUAUCUAUUAGUAACCAUUCGACAUUUAGCAUAGACUAUUUUGUGAAUCUAUUGGAUAGCAUUGGGCAACUGCGCAAUGCAUCAGUAAUAAAUAAACGACAAUGGAAGUUACAGUCCAUAGAGAUAACGUAUUGUGUUGGUGUUCAUCAAUACUCAAAGGACAUAUCGGUUCCUUUCCAGCGUUCAACAAUAGCGGCGUUGGAGCGUAAACUAUCUCAGCUCAAGCCACAGGACUCUGCUGCCGUCAGUACAUUUGAAAAUGACAGUCCACAUCUUCAACCAGAUUGCGAAUUAUCUUCGGCGCGCGUUGAGGUCAUUAUCCAUGAGUGCAAUCGCCAACAUUGGAGAGGGAGACGUACAAUGCAGGACUUGUAUAAAGAGUGCCAGGAGUACGUGUCUCUUGUGCUGGGAACAGAACGACUGUCAAAGAUGCGAGGAGGCUAG